CUUCCGUACUCUCUGAAAAACAAUGGAGGACAUGCGGAAGAGGCCCGGAGCUGACGUCACGACCGACGACGCGUCGUCCUCGUCCUCCGCGAAGAGGCGGCGAGAUCAGGCCCAAGGAGGCGGUGGCAUUUCGGUUGUUCCUCCGGUAGCGAACGACGUCGUCGUUGCGGACAGAGGCGACGUUUCGGUUACUCCGGCAGUGAACGACGUCGUUGCGGACAACGGCGACAUUUUGGCUCCUCCUGCAGUGAACGGUGUCGUUGCGGACAGUGGAGACGUUUCGGUUCCUCCUGCAGCGAACGACGUCGUUGUGGAAAACGGCGACAUUUCGGUUCCUCCGGCAAUGAACGGCGUCGCUGCGGUUCCUCCGGCUGUGAAAGACGUGGUUGCGGAGAGCGGCGACGAGACGGCGAGCGAGCUCUCGAGGCUUCUGGAGACGGACUACCUGUCGCGGAACGCGGUCACUGCUCCGGCGAGAUUGACGUUCUCGGAGCACCCUUCCAGGUCGCCGAAGCUGUUCCAGACGAUGUCGACUUCGUACAUCACGAUAAACGGGAACGAGGAGAGUUGCGGCUCGUCGUUCUCGGACGCCGAGUCGUCGGUGAUGGCGAGCGUGGACAGGACCGGGCGCGACGUGGAGCAGGUGAGGCUGGACUACGAGUGGUACGCGGCGGAGAGAUGGGCGGAGGGGCACGGCGAGUCGGGAUUCGACGACCGCGCGUGGGAUGCUGCCGAUCAUUCGGCGCGUGAAAGAAUGGUGCUCAACUUGGACUUGAAUUCGGAGUGGGACGACGCCGCGCUGGCCAGGUUUGUAGGUGAAGACCUCAAUUGACAGCUAGCUCAGUUUUCCGGUACUGAUUAAUUUCUUUAGUGUUAAUUUUUGGGAUUG